AUGGCUCCUCCACCUAGCAGGAAGCAAAAGAACGACGACGUCAAGUCUCCCAUCGUCUUCACCUGCCCAGGAUUUAAGCCGGAUGCCCGCCUUAUGGUCUUCGAUCAAGAGUUUCAGGUUCUUUCCCCUAUGUUGAAAUUGAACUCGGCAUUCUUUCGCAAGUUCUUCGACUCUCCUGAUAAAGCUCCGACCAACAAAGCUUCUUCUCGAAUCGGACUUGGAUCAUUCACGACUUUUAAGUACGAUUGGAUUACGAUUGUCGAUGCGGCCCUUCUCGCCAUUUCAAUCCCCGAAGACGAACUACAGACACAAUUGGAAAGUCUUAGAGGAGAUAGGAAAUCGAGCGGCAUCUAUGAUCUUAUCGUGGCAUUCGAGAAGCUGCUGUGCGCAAUUUUUGCUCGGCCAUAUCAACUCCAAGACACGGAGCAGCUACUACUUAUGGUUGACCUUGCCGACUACUAUCACGCUCUCCCAAUCCUCUCUCGAACCCUCGACGGUGCUUUGAUCAACAGUCCAAUCUUUUGUCAAGAUAUCGGAAAUUACUGUACUGAACUGUUCGUUGCGGCUGCCAAAUUGAGAAAUGCGCUUCUCUUCCGCGAGUGCCUUAUUUGGGUUGUCGGACCUCACCGAACGCCUAAGUACGAAGACUUGAGCGAUCAGAAACUUCGACUGGUUGCGAGAUGUGCACAUGGGGAUAUAUCUACCAAAGACUCGGAUAACUUCGAAGCCCAGUCUGACGAGUUGUUCAAGGAUAUGGGCCAACAUCACUCUGAGCAUGGUGAGGGUCUAAUAGACUAUGCAUGGUGGUUCAGGGAUCUUAACGACAAGUGUCUCUUGCAUGAGCAUGACCUUCUGGGCUUGCUAGACAACAAGUUGGUUCUGGACAACAUGAUUCACACAGCUGGGGGUGUUAGAUUCCAGGAUCAUUUCUUUUGUGCUACGAUCAGCGAUGAGGAGCUCCCUUGGGAUGUCAACAAGACUGAUUGGUAA